CUUCUCACCGGACCUACGCACACGUGUUGAAGCAGUGACUGUUUACAGUGUUUGGUGAGGUCUGUCCCGUAGCUCGCGCAUGUCCACGGAAACAUCCACACUGUGGUCAUAGCUGAAGUAAAACCCAGCGAUGCCGAAAGUCAAACGGUCCAAAGGUGGAGGAGAGAAGAGCGGAGCCGCGCCAGUGGCGCUGGCCGACCAGAUCCUGCAGGCGGACAUUGUCCGAGCCAAAGGCCGGGUCAAAAUCAGAGACACCCGGGAAGAAAGCGACGACAAGUACGUGGACGAGCGGUUGUCACGGAAAAUCUUACAACAAGCCCGCAUUCAGCAAGAGGAACUUCAGACCGAAUAUGGGCUGGCACCAGAAAAGAAGAAAGCACCAGUCACUGUUCUCGGGCCUGACUCUCAGGAUGCAGACUCGGAUGAAGAAUGGCCGGCGCUGGGAGCAGCAGGUCCUGCAGAUGUUGAGUACGACGAAGAAAUCGUUGUUGACGCUGAAGAUGAGAAGGCCAUCGAGAUGUUCAUGAACAAAAACCCUCCAGUGAGACGGACGUUAGCCGACAUCAUUAUGGAGAAGAUCACAGAGAAGCAGACAGAGGUGGGCACGGUGAUGUCAGAGGUUUCUGGGUGUCCGAUGCCACAGCUGGACCCAAGAGUAACAGAAGUGUACAGAGGUGUCGGUAAGGUUCUGUCGAAAUACCGCAGCGGCAAACUGCCAAAGGCCUUUAAAAUAAUACCUGCGCUUUCAAACUGGGAGCAGGUUUUGUAUUUGACUGACCCCGACUCUUGGUCCGCAGCUGCUAUGUACCAGGCGACGAGGAUAUUCUCGUCCAAUCUGAAAGAGCGAAUGGCCCAGAGGUUUUACAACUUAGUGCUGCUGCCUCGAGUACGGGAUGAUAUCGCAGAAUACAAGCGACUGAACUUUCACCUUUACAGCGCCCUGAAGAAGGCCCUGUUCAAACCGGGAGCAUGGUUUAAAGGUAUCCUGAUUCCUCUCUGUGAAUCUGGGACAUGCACUCUCAGGGAAGCCAUCAUCAUCGGGAGUAUCCUCACGAAGUGCUCAAUUCCCGUGCUGCACUCCAGCGCUGCAAUGCUUAAGUUGGCAGAGAUGGAGUAUAAUGGUGCCAACAGCAUUUUCCUGCGCCUCCUGCUCGACAAGAAGUACGCCCUGCCUUUCCGUGUUCUGGAUGCCUUGGUGGCCCACUUCCUGUCUUUCCGCAGUGAAAAGCGCGAGCUUCCUGUGCUGUGGCAUCAGAGUUUACUCACCUUGGCUCAGCGCUACAAGGCUGACCUGGGGUCUGAACAGAAGGAAGCACUGCUGGAGCUGCUGAAGAUACAAACACACCCACAGAUCUCUGCAGAGAUCCGCAGGGAGCUGCAGAACUCCGGAUCGAGGGACAUUGAAAUCGGGCUCCCUGUUACAGUGGAAAUGGACUGAUUUGGUUCGGUUUUCUUCCUUAGUAAUGUUUCCUCAGCGUGAAAAAAAAAAUCUUGGAUUUUCAAUAUUCUUCUUGUCAUGGGAUAAAAGAGUUUGGAAAGAUCAGUGUCUUGGAGUUUGCACAUUUGGAAAUGCACAUCACUAGUGAUACUGCUAAUGUAAUUUCGUAUCGUUACGCUCAAGCUUUUUCUCUACAGAUGCAGAGGAGUGGUCACGUGGCUUUUCUGUUCAUCUAAAUAAGAACAGCUCUGUUGUUAUGAAGCAAAACAUUGAUUAAAAACGAACGGAAUCUUUAAA